AUGCCGCAUCAACACACCAAACCAACCUCACGCCCAGCCCCCACACCCCCAGCAAAGCAGAGAAUGGCACUGGGCUUCCGGUCCCUGGUCGACAGCGCCAAGCGGCUGGUCACGCCGCUGGGCACGCCCUCGGCCGGCGGGACGCCGCAGAACGAGCGGGCGGACGGCGGUGGCGGCACGGCGAAGCUGGCGACGGAGCUGUUCCCGGCCACGGACCCGGCGGUCGACGGCGACGACUGCACGCACGACUGCGAGAGCUGCCACGUGUCGUACCCGCGCGGGUUCAAGACCGAGACGGCCGACGUGCUGUACGGCCACGUCAAGGGCUGGAGCACGCACGUGCUGGUGGCGACGGGCAAGACGGACUGGGUGCGCGACGUCGAGGACGAGAAGGGCAGCCUCAUGCAGGCCUUCGGCGCCGCCGCCGCAAAGCCCGCCAACGGCCGCCUCAUGCUGUCCGCCUCCAACAUCCCCCUCCCCGGCCACGCCGCCCCCGGCGACUACGCCGAGCCCACCACCGUGCUGGUCCUGCCGGCCUUCCGCCUGGUCGAGGCCGUCCGCCCGCCCGACGUGCCCGCCCUGGUGCGCUGGCUCGGCGACGGGCCGACCAACACCAGCCCGCUGGCGGCGGCGGCGGCGGCGGCGGCGGCAGCAGCAGCACCACCCUCACCGCCGCCGCUGCCACCCACCAUCGCGCCCGUGCUGCCGGACCGCGCGCACCUGCUGACGCGGCCCUGCCCGCACGCGGCGCUGGUCCUGCUGUGCUCGCAGAAGACGCGCGACGCGCGGUGCGGGCAGAGCGCGCCGCUGCUGCGCAAGGAGCUCGAGCGCCACCUGCGCCCGCUGGGCCUGUUCCGCGACCUGGACGACGAGCGGCCCGGCGGCGUCGCCGUCUACUUCAUCAGCCACGUCGGCGGCCACAAGUACUCGGCCAACGUCAUGGUGUACCGGCGGCCCGACGCCUUCGGGGUCGACGGCGUGGUGCGCGCGGCGCUGCCGCCGGGCGAGGAGCUGAGGCCCGUGAGGAGGGGGGAGAAGGGCGAGGAGAAAGAUGACGAGGGCAAGGAGGAAGUGGAGGAAGAGGAUGUCGGUGCAGCGCAGUGCAUCUGGCUCGCCCGCGUCAAGCCCGAGGACUGCGAGAACCUGGUCAAGUACACGGUGCUCCAGGGCAAGGUGGUCAAGCCCGACACGCAGCUGAGGGGCGGGUUCGAUCGCAGCAAGGGUCUGAUGAGCUGGUGA